AUGAAUAACGAAGAAUAUGAUGAAAAUAAUAAUAAUGAUGUUGGUGGUGAAGAAUAUUAUGACAAUUAUAAUUUUGAACCAAUUUGGGUAAGAGCGUUAUAUGAUUAUGAUGCAGCUGACGAUACAGAGAUUAGUUUCAAAGAGAAUGAUGUUAUAUGUAUUACACAAGAUUUUGAAGAUGGUUGGUGGAAUGGUGAUCUCAAUGGUAAUGUUGGUAGAGUUCCUGCAAAUUAUUUCGAAUAUUUAAAUCAAGAUCAAACUGGUGAUUAUCAACAAGACAAUUAUGAUGAUGCUCAAGAUCAACAACAACAACAAUACUACGAAGGUGAAGAUGGCCAACUAUAUUACACUGGUGAAGAUGGUCAACAAUACUAUUAUGACGGUGGUCAAGAACAACAACAACAACAAUACGAUGGUGGUGAUUAUGAUCAACAAAACCAACAAGAAGGAUAUGGCGACGAUGGUGACGAUGAAGAAGGAGGUAAUAUUGGUAGUGGUGGUGUUAAGAAAAUCGAUGAAGCUAGAAAAGAAUUGUUAAGACAAAAGAGAGAGGUCUAUAAAAAAGAGAUGAAAGAUCUUCAAGAUAAUUUAAAGAAUCAAAAUGAUUGUAAAGAUAGAUUAGGUACCAGUGUAGAGUCAUUAGAGAAGAAAAGAGAUGAAUUAGAGGACCAUAUUAGAUUAUUGAAACUUUUGAAAUUUAUAAAUUUAGAAAUCAUAAAGACAGAGAUUGAUAUUGAUGUUGAUUCCGACUCUUCAACUACAUCACGUCAAACUGGUAUUGCAAUUACACAAGAUUUAAAAUCAAUUAGAACUUUAUUAGGUAUUAAAUCUUCAACAUCCUCCUCUUCUUCAUCAUCAUCAUCCUCUGCAGUCGAUGCACCAAAAAAACAAUUUGAUUUGAAAUUGGAAGAUAUUGAAAAGAAAGUAAUUAAUAAUUUAAAUUUAUUAGAUAGUUGUGAUAAUUUAAAGAAAUCUUUAUUAUUAAGUUUACAACUAUUUCAAACAACUUAUUUAAAUGGAAAUGGUAUACCACCACCAUCACCUACUAGAAUUAAAUCAAUACCUACCAAUUCAACAAAUAUACAGCAACAACAACAACAACAACAACAACCACCACUACCACCAUCCUCUUCCUCCAAUACUAAUACUUCAAAUAAUUUUUAUGUUUCAACAUCAUCCACACCAUCAAAUGCAUUCUUUAGUGCACCUUCAACUCCAUUAUCUGAUAAAGAUAAAAGAAAAUCUGUUAAAGAAGCUAAAAAAGAAGAAAAAAAAUUAGAAAAAGAACUUAAAAAAGAAGAAAAAAAAGAAGAAAAGAAAUUAGAAAAAAAAGUUUCAAAAUAA